AUGGAACCUUUGGAAGUCUGGAGGGCCUUCGGGAAGCAUGUCAUCAAAUAUGCAAUGCUGAUUGGCCCAGACGGGUGGGGCGUGCCAAGACUACCCGGAAGGGCAGCGUUAGCGAGGGUUGCAACCCUAUUCUCCCCAAACGGGACGGUGGGUGAGGCCCGGCGAGAGAAUUCCCUUCAGACCUUUGCCAUUUCCACGAGAGUACCUUUUCGCUUUUCACCCUUCAAGCAGGCCAUCUCCAUCAGCGCCAUUCUUCAACCUAUCUCGCUGAUCGACUUUUUGUCUCGUCAAGAUGAUAAGGGUCAUGUUGCCCUGAUCUCGUGCUCGACCUCGUCGGCGCCCGUUCUCGCGGUCGACCUUCUCAACCCUGCUCCUCAGGCUGAGGCCCGUAAGCACAAGCUUAAGACCCUUGUGCCUGCUCCUCGCUCGUUCUUCAUGGACGUCAAGUGCCCCGGCUGCUUCACCAUCACCACCGUCUUCUCCCACGCCCAGACCGUCGUCGUCUGCGCCGGCUGCUCGACCGUCCUCUGCCAGCCCACCGGUGGUAAGGCCAGACUUACCGAGGGAUGCUCUUUCCGGAGAAAGUAG